UUCAAUUCAAAUUAAAAAAGAUUUGUUAUGCGAUUUGGUUAAUAUGGUAUUGUAAAAAUAAAGAAAUGGGUAUUAAAGGCUUGUGGGCAGUUUUUGCCCCAUAUUGCGAAAAAAAAUCCUUGCACGAAAUCCAGGGUGAAACUGUUGCAGUUGAUUUAUCGGGAUGGAUCUGCGAUAGUCAAAAUGUCACUGAUUACUAUAUACAACCAAAGCUCUACCUAAGAAAUUUAUUUUUUAGAACUGUAUAUCUUAUAUUAGCUGAUAUUAAACCAAUAUUUGUAUUAGAAGGAGAUGCUCCCGAACUUAAAAGAGAUGUAAUGGCUGCUCGAAACGCUGUACAAUUUCGUGGAGCUCCUUCUCAAUCUAGUAAAACUUCAGACAAGCCUGAUGUAGCUAGACGAAGGUUUAGAGGUGUCUUAAAAGAGUGUGAGUCCCUUCUGAAAAGUAUGGGAGUAAAGUGCAUAAAAGGGAGUGGUGAGGCAGAAGCUACAUGUGCACAAUUAAAUGCUCAAGGUGUUGUACAUGCAGUGGUAUCUCAAGAUUCAGAUUGCUUUGCUUACGGUGCUCGUUGUGUGUAUCGAAACUUUAGUGUAUCCAACUCGGCUGGAGGAGGUGCUAUGCAGGGUUCAGUUGACUGCUAUGAUGCUGAUGUUAUGUUAAAAAGCAAUGGGUUUGGCCGCAAUAAAAUGAUAGCUCUAGCUUUACUAUGUGGCUGUGAUUAUGGUGUGGGUGCUUGUGGGUCAUCUAUAAACACUGUUGUAUCUUUUUUACAUACAGUACCUGAUGAUCAAAUUAUACGUAGGUUGAUAUCAUGGGUGAGUGACACCAAAGAGUACGAGGAGCGAGGUCGUUGGGCGUCGCUGCCGGGUCGUUGCGACCGCUGCGGACACGCAGGUCGCUCGCACGCAAAGAAUGGCUGUCCCGUGUGUGCUACCGGACGCGGAUGUGACGAUAAGGGACACAAAGCUAAGGUUGCAGAAGUGAAGAGAGAAUUAUCUUUACGUACUAGAGCUCUUUCAUGUGGCAUGCCUUUUCCAGAACCGAAAGUUAUGAAGGAGUUUUUGAAUGCAAGCAAUGAUUACAAAGAUCUAAACGAUUUAACUACGCCUGUGCCUAGUUUGAUACAAUUUGUGAAAUUAAUGUGUAGUAAGUUAGACUGGUCAGAAAGGUAUUGCGUGGAGAAAUUCUUGCCAAUACUCACAAAAUGGCAUCUUCAAGAUACAGUAAUUUGUAGAAAAAUUAAACCAAAAGAGAUUAAGAAAAAGAGAAAUCCUAAAGGAGUACCAAGUUAUGAAGUUGUAUGGGAUGAUAUAAAUGGGGAAUUUGAAGGUCUUAUUCCUGAUGAUCAAUUUGAGGAUGAUGAAGACCCAACAAAAGUAUGGACCUCAAUUGAAAGACAAGAUUUAAUGCGUAAAUAUUAUCCAGAUUUAGUUGAAACAUAUGAGGAGUCAAUUAAAAAACCGGUUAAAGUUAAGAAAACUAGACAGAAGAAAGAUAAAGAAAAUCAAGAUCCAGAUAAACCAAAGAGAAAGUAUAAUAGAAAGAAGAAAGUUGAUGAAUUAGAAGUUGUUAAUAAUUCACUAAAGAGAUUAAGUUUAGACGCGACUGACGGUAAUACGAAUAAAGCACAAUUGAGCAUUUCUGUUGCCAAAUUGAAGAGGAAAAUAAAAAAUAAUUCUAAAACAAAACACAUUGAUAGUUACUUUAAAAGUAAAAAACGAAAAUGCAGUACAAGUAAAAUACAAUUAAAUAAUCAAAAAGAUGAUAAUAAAGAAAAUAAUGAAUCACAAAAUCAUGUAAAUAAUCAUCCACUUAAAAUAUCGCGUCAAAUAGAAACAGAAGUCAUGAAGAAUAAUGUAAGCUUUUUUAAUUCAAGUACUGAGGAAGUAGAUAUCAGUAAUCUGUCAGAUAUAGUUGACCGAAUUGUCACGAGAGGAUCUGACAUUAAGACAGCAUCUGUCAACAAUAACUUUGUUAAACUUAUUUUUGAGAAGAAUAAAGUAACAACUAAGAAAUCAAUUGUGCAAAGAAAUUUCAUACAAAACAAUUGCUCGACUCCUAAAAGUAGUCCUGUUAGAAAGAAAACAUCCUUUGAUGGAUCGAACCGUCAAACUAAAGUGAAUACGAGUUAUUUCUUUGAUAAACUAACUGAUGGUUGUGACGCAUUCGAAAUGUCACUUGAAUAUAAGUCAAAUGAUGUGAAGUACGAUUGUAAUUCAACAGUCGAUUGUAGUCUACCCGAUGUUAUUUUAUAA